GCAAUAAGAAACAACAAUACCACUCAAUAUGAUAUGAAUGUUACGUCAAAACCUGGAGCCGGACAUUCUGAGAAGUCGAAGAAAAGUGGAAAUGAUGAGAGGUCGGUAAAUCUUGGAAUUGAACAUCCUCGGGACGAUCAUCAUGUUCUUGGUGAGGUUGAACGUCCUUGUUCGCAAGGGAAUAUCCUUGAUGAUGCUGAGAACAUGGUUGUGGAGGGGGGUCGUGACGAUUGUCGUGCCAAUGGGGAUGGUUCGCGUAGAGGUGGGACAAUGGAUGAGGAAACGAAGGAGAUGAAAGAGUACUUCCGAGAGAAGAUCCGGAAGAGGAAGAUGGAGGAGGAAAGAAGAGUGAAGGAGGAGGAGGAGAGAAAGAGGAGAGAUGAGGAAAACAAGAGAGAAAUUGAAAGAAUGAGGGAGGCGAAAGCGAGGGAGGCUAGGCUGGAAGUGCGAAUGAUAAGAAGCUAUUUAGUAGAGUCGGAUGUCGAUAAUGAGGAAGUAAAGGAGGAGGCAGGAAAGUUGAUCGAAGCAAUUGAAAGGAGGAAGGGCAAGAAGAAGGUAGAGGAGGAGGGAAGGAUAUCUAAGAGCAUGAGGAGAGGGUAUCACAGGAACACGGUGAGAGUAGAUGACGAGGAUGAAGAUGAAGUAAGGACUCCACCUCCGAAGAAGAAAGGAUCAGAAGGCGGUACGGGAGGAACAAAGAUGCUGGAUUUCGCCAUCGAGCUGCACCAAAGGUUAUCUGAGAAGAAAGUACCAGAGUUGAGAAAGUUGUGUAGCCAAGAAGGCAUUGAGUGGUCAAAGAAGGACAAUGCCAUCGGUGAUUUGGUUAGAUAUAAGGCAAAGCUCGCCUACGAGGAGUUCGUAGAAAGUGGACCUGCAGCAGGUGCAGAUUCCACUGUUGUUGUAACAAGCAAUGAGGCUGGAACUUCUGCAAUCGCUGCAGCCCCGAGACCGGAACCAGUUGCUGCUGGUCCCAGCCACGCCAGUCCCUAUGUGGACCUGGAGAUGGUUCAAAUACCGUCCAAGUACGAUGGCAAGAAAGACAUCGAGUCCUGGAUCGGCUCCAUGAGGGCCUACUUUGAGAUCCUGGGAACUCAACCUGAGAACCAGACAGUGAUCAUGGGAAUGAAUGUCGAGUCAGUCGUACGGGGCUUCCUAGAAGUCCAAGCAACACGGGCUGGGUUUCCAAAGGCUGCACUAGCCAAAUGGCUAAGGGCCACCCCGAUUGCCUCCCUCGAAGAGCUCCUUAUCUCGGAAUACCAAGACCCACAUGUUGCUGCUAAAGCGAGGAUUCAACUAGACAAAGUAAAGCACAACAAGUGGAAUGGCUCCAUGAAAAGCCUGCAGACCUAUCUAAGCAAGUUGUUUGCCACUCCUGGCUUGGAAUUGUCCACUCAGUCUUGCUUGGAUGUGGUUAAGGGCGCGGUUCCAACUAACUUCACUAGUCGCCUGGGCAGGGAUUACAUUGCAUACACUGACUGGCUCACCUUAAUGGAGAACGUAGUUAGUCUGGAGGCUAUGGACCUCGUUAGCACGGCAGGCAGCAAAAAGCCCAUGGGCGGCAGACGGCUCAAGGGCAGCAACCGUUUUGUUGUGCAUGACCUGCUGGAGGCUGAAGAAGAAGCCGAUUCCCAAUGCGAAUGGACCAAGUGGAAGGAAUCACUCUUCAUGGUCAAAGAUGCCCAGGGGAACGAGCUUCCUGUCCUCUUGGAUGAGAAGCACGAAUCCCUAGUGACUUUUCUGAAUGCAUUGAAGUUCUGCAAGAAGUGGCGCAAGCACAAAGAGGAAGAACAGUUGUAUGUUGCCUUUGUUCGUCCUGCUCAUGUGCCUUCUACUUUUGCGGCUAAUACCACUACUACUUUGAUUGAUAAUCCUACUUCUGGUACUUCUACUACUAUCACCUCUAUCUCUCUAUCUUCUAAUAGUCCAAAUGAUCCUACUUCAGAUUCGGUCGUCUCUAUACGCGACUUGCGACCGGACCUUGGUGAUCCCUUUGCCGAUUCCCCACCCCCACCUGUCCCAUCAAACAUCCAAACCCUCCUCGAUCGGUUUCCGGAAGUCUUGGCCGAGCCACGUGGAGUCCCCACGCGACCGGUUCGACACACCAUCGAGUUGGUCGAGGGUGCUAUUCCUCCAAAGGGUUGCGUGUACCGUAUGGGACCCGGCGAGUUGGAGGAACUCCGGCGACAGAUCGAUGAGAUGAUUGACAAAGGGUGGAUAAAACCAAGUGAAUCUAAAUUUGGUGCCCCUGUGUUGUUUGUGCCAAAGAAGGGAGGCAAACUCCGCAUGUGUAUUGACUAUCGCGGUCUAAACCGCAUCACGAGAAAGAAUGCUUAUCCAUUGCCUCGUAUUGACGACUUGCUUGAUGCCGCAGGCGGGUGCAAGGUCUUCUCCAAGAUCGAUCUCAAAUCUGGCUACCACCAGAUUGAAGUGGAUCCUGCGGACCAGCACAAACCUACGUUCAAAACACGCGACGGGCUUUAUGAGUUUACCGUAAUGCCCUUCAGUCUCACGAAUGCACCAGCCACUUUCCAAAGCCUCAUGGACAAGGUCCUCCGCGAACAGAUUGGCCGGGUUAUGGUAGUGUACCUGGACGAUAUUCUGAUCUUCAACAAGUCCAUGGAGGAACACCUCAAGCAUCUUGAGGAGGUGCUCGCUAUCCUCAAGAAGACGCAGCUCCAUCUCAACUUGGAGAAAUCUGAGUUUGGGAAAGAUAGCGUCAUUUAUCUUGGGCACCGGUUGUCUGCUGCAGGCCUAGAGCCUGAGGCAACUAAGAUUGAGGUCAUACGUGAUUGGCCUCAGCCUGCGAACAUUCGCGAAUUGCGUUCUUUCCUUGGUCUCACGUCACAAAAGCCCAUGGGGCUACUCACACCCCUACCCAUUCCUGAUGGUCCCGGGGAGUCUGUCUCCAUCUACUUCACUGAUAUGGGUAAGGUAAGCAAGAACGGGUAUUCACAAGUCAUGGUGAUUGUUGACCGAUUUUCAAAAUUUCUCAAUCUGAUUCCUUUGCCGCCCCACGCCCCAACAGAUCUAGUGAUUCACGAAUUCCAACAGAAAUACCUGCUGCAAUUCGGAAUCCCGAAGACUCUUGUGAGCGAUCGGGAUCCGCGUUUCAUUAGCAUUGAAUGGAAGGAUUUCACAUCCCACCUAGGAAUCAAACUGUGCAUGACAUCUGGCCGACACCCCGAAGCCAACGGUUUGGCUGAGGAGAUAAACCAGACUGUAUUCCAAUUUCUCCGUGCGUUGAUCAUUCCGGAUCAAGAGACAUGGGAUGAAAAGUUGUACUCUGUCAAGGGGUUGUACAACAACUCUGUCCAUUUUGCCACCGCCAUGACACCCAACAGGUUGCACUAUGGUUGGCAGAUUCGUAAUCCGCUCUCCUACUUAUUCCCUGAGCAGUCCGCUGGCUUAACACCCGACAGGCCCGGCUUCACGGCUAAGUAUGAUCGCUUGCUCAAAGUUGCUGUUGCAGCUAUGACCAAGCGACAACAUGCCAUGAUCCACCAUGCAAACAAAAAGCGCCGACCAUCGGAGAUCCAGGUAGGAAGCUAUGUCUGGGUGAAGAUGUCUGAAUUCUCAGAGGAGGGAGUCUCACGCAAACUCCUCCCACUCUACUAUGGGCCUUGGGAAGUUUUGGAUGUAAUUGGGGAAGAUCACUUUGGCCCUUCGUACGUUGUAGACGUGCCAGCUCACCUGCGCACAUAUCCUGUGUUCCAUGCAUCUAAACUGUACCUCCAUCGUGAUGCCGAGACAUUCGAUUACCGCGAAGAUAUGAUCCCUCGCGCAAUCAAGGGCGGGCAUGAGAUGGAUAGAAUUAAACAGCAUGUAGGUAAAGGGAGAAACCGACAGUACCAGGUUCAUUUCAUGUAUCACCCAUUAGAUGAUCUCUACUGGAUCUCCAAACAGGAACUGCUACGCAGCGCACCGCACGUUGUUAAAGCUUGCGAGCGACAGAUCGCCGCUAACGCCACACCGAAGAUCUCAGCAAGGUUCUCUGCAACAGAGUAUUCCAAGAAUCUCUUUGCCUUGCUCGCCCACGAUGCGUUCUCUCACUUAGAUCUGAGGUACGGAGACUGAAAGCUGACGUGGAAGAUAAAUCCCUGGAGGUGAAAGGUCUAGAGAAUGACACAAAGCGCCUCAGGAAUGUGCUCAUGAAGGCAAGAUCCAUCUCUUUGCCACUGACCCUCGGAAUAACUUCUCUCUGGAUGUCCUCUUCGUGGGAUGCUUUCGUCUGUUUCAUUGCUCCAGCAACCAGCCCAUCUUCAAGGUCCUUGUAUCACAGAGUGACAUGGUGGCAACCUCAAAAUGCUUUAUAUUAAGUUUAUAAUGAACUUGAGAAAGAUGG